AAGCCACAUUAAAACGUCUGUAAUAUAGCAAUUGAAUAACACAAAUUUAUUUGUAUGAAGAAACUACCUCGUCAUGCGGAGCAUAUCAUAUGGCCACGAGAACAGCGAGGCGAAACAGCUGAUGCAGUGGGUCAAGGGACUGGUGUACAGUCCCCGCUGCCACAAGCUAAAGGAUCUCAGCGAUGGUGUGGUCUGGUGUCGUCUGAUGGGGAAACUGCGCCCGGGCACUUUGGCCAGCGUUUUGAUCAUAAAUCGUCCAGCGAACGUCAAUGAUUCGAUGCACAACUAUAUGCUGCUGGAGUCGGCAUUUGGCAAGGCCAAUAUACCCUGGUACUUUGAUACCGGGGCACUCAUUGCCGGCGACAGCAACGAGUUGUUAAGGAUGGCCAAAUGCUUUGCCGAAUUGAGUACCACACGAGAGACUGCUCCGAUGUCUCACCCGGUGCCACCGUUCAAGGCCAGUCGCCAGACACGCCGUCCAGCCGGUGAACACGAAUCACAACGCUAUUUGAGCAGCCCGCAACCUUCAGCAGAGGUAGGUGCAGUUGAGCUUACCGAGAUCGCAGGGCAGCCCCAACCCGACGAUGACCAACCGCCGUCUCCUACCGGCGAUGUGCUGCAGCUGAAACAGCAAAUCCAAGCCAUGUUCCGCAACCAGCAGGCGGCAGUGAAGGCCUAUUUGGCCGAAGAGCAGCCAAUUACCCCUACUCAUCCGCAACAAGGCAACACAAUGUGCUUUUGCAGUAAAUGUCAAAAUCAAGGUCAGGAUGUACUCGAUAUCAAAUCCAUAAUUGAAAUCUGAAACCGCUUUCCUUUUAAUGAUGAUCAAGAUUUUAUUCGAUAGCAAAAUAUAUUAAAACUGUAAAACUAAAUUUAAAGCCAGACGUAAAGUAGAAUUUGUAGUCAGAAAUUCAUUAAUCAGAAUUAAAUUGAACUUAAAUUUC